UUUCUUUCUGCUUUUCUCAUCGACUGACUGGCUCACCCCUCCUUAUUUUUUAAAUUUUUUUGAGGAACGGUGACCUCUUUGGGACUGCAAAAAAAAAAAAAUAUAUAUAUAUAUUUAUAUUUGGCUAGGACAAGGCGGGGCGGGGGGCCGCGUCAGGCUUUGCUUCUCUCACCUCCUUCUUCUCACCCCCCCCCAAAAAAGCAAACCCACAGCUGCUCCAAGCAUCCUCCUUUCCGUCCUUCUCCCUGCCUGCAUCUCCUCUUCCUCCUCUCCUCUGCUAACCCUUGCAUUAUUAUGCUUCCGUCCCUGGGGGGGUGUCGCCCCCUCUCGGGUCGCUCCCCAGCCUCGACCUCCCUUGGAUGCAUUUCUUAACAAUUUGGGAGCCUGGCACUUGAGUUUCCUCCGAGGCGUGCGUGAGAGGCGGCGGCGGGGGUGUUUUCCUCCAUAAGGGGCGGGUGAAGUUCAUUGCCCCCCACUUUUACCGCGACCUUUGGGGACCUGCUUUUGGAUCGGAACGGAUCGCAGCGUUUUUUUGUUUUUUUUAUUAAUUUUAUUUUAAGAGGGGAGAAGGGGGAAGCAUGGCCGCGGGGAGGGCUCCCCGGAGCCUCCCAGUCUCUUGAUCAAAGCAUUCCGCUAUUCUGAUUUAUUGCCUGCUUGCUGAGUUAUUUUUUUUUUUUUUCCUGCAAAGGAGACCUGUGUGUUCAGCCAUUACUUUGCUCGGCGCUUGCUCCCAGGCAUCUCCGACCCGCGGUGCCGCGCGGAGCCCCGCACUUGGGCUCCGCGUCCCCCUCCUCUUCUCUCCGCCCCUUCCCCCCUCUCUUUCUCCUUCUUUCUUCCCUGCUCGGGGCGGAGGGGCCCGCGAAGGCGGAGGGAGGGCUUGGUGUCAAUUUUUUUUUUUUUGGUGUGUGUGUGUGUGUUUGUGUGUGUGUGUGGCCGCGGCGCGCGGGCGGGCGGGCAGCCAGCGGGGACACCCCGGCACGGCACCAGCCAUGGAUGGCCCAACGCGGGGCCAUGGACUCCGCAAAAAGCGGCGAUCGCGGUCACAGCGAGACCGGGAGAGACGCUCCCGGGGCGGGCUAGGGGCUGGCGUGGCCGGUGGCGGUGGGGCUGGCCGGACCCGAGCGCCCUCGCUUGCUUCGUCGUCGGGCUCCGACAAGGAAGACAAUGGGAAGCCCCCGUCUUCUACCCCGUCCCGGCCCAGACCCCCACGGAGGAAGAGGAGAGAGUCCACCUCGGCCGAAGAGGACAUCAUUGAUGGAUUUGCCAUGACCAGCUUUGUCACUUUUGAAGCGCUGGAGGUAAGGGGGGGACCCCCCUCCCACUCCCCCUGUCUCUCUCCCUCUCUCUCUCCGGUUCCCCUUUUAUGCACCACCCCACUCAGCUGCGCCCAGGCUCUCCUGCCUCCCCCCACCCCCGCCGCGUUCUGGGCUGUCUGUCCGUCUGUCUGUCUGUCUCGGCUAAGGUCUCAUUGUUGGAGGGGAGCUGGGGGUACGGGCAGACAGGCAGCAGGAGGGACUCCCCAAGCUGUGCCUGGUUCUCUUGAUCUCCUCCUCCUAGCUCGCCUUUCCCUUGCGCCCCCUCCCUGCACCCCCUCCACAGCAGAUGGGCAGAAAGAAAGGGGUUCAACCAUCACAACAAUGCGCCCCCUCUCCACGGAGUGCUCUGUCCCUACUUCCUCCUCCUCUCCCUCCCCAAUCAUGGCUUCUUGGCUGGUGGAAGUCUCUUUGCUGGGUUUGGGGCGCCUGUGGACGGUUCUGUGUGUGCUUUCUCCCCGGCCAUAUGUCCCUGUGUGUCUGGCGAGUUAGAUACCUUGCCCGGGUGUCCUGGGGACCUGAGGCUGAUGGGGUUUGGGAUUUCUUUGCCCCCCCC